UAGCCCACAAGGAAGCUUUAUCAUGUCGCUUUGAUUGUCUUGAGGGAUGAUUUCUUGGAAUCUCCUAGAGUCGGCAGAUCCAACAUUUUUAAUGUUAGUAUAAGCCGUCCCUAUCAAUCAAUGCCGAAAGGCUGUCAUUUUGAGCAUGACCUUAUCACCCGGCUAUCAAAUUUCUCCGGUUGAAGCCAUUAAAAGCUUGAUCAUCAUCACUUCACAAUCCGAGAUUUGGAUAUCUAGUUUCCUCCACUUCCUUCCCUUUCUAGCUUGGAAAGAAACCAUGCAAGUGCUCAUCCUCUUGAGCUCCCUGUUCCUAUUUUUCUUCUUGUCUCUUGCCAAACUCUGGUACAAGUUAUGGUGGAAACCACAUAGGAUACAGAGGAUACUGAAUGAGCAGGGAAUUAGAGGUCCCCCUUACAAGUUCGUCCACGGAAGUAGCAAGGAAUCAUUCAAGAUGAUCACGCAGGUUAGGGACAUACCAAUGAAUAACCUCUCUCAUGACAUAUUCCCCAAGAUUCAGCCUGAAAUCCACACAUGGACUAACACAUACGGGAGAAAUUACUUAAGUUGGCAUGGGACUCAAGCUCAGCUGGUCAUUACAGAACCAGAACUGAUCAAAGAGGUAUUAGUUAAUAGAGACAAAACAUAUCCAAAAACACCAGCUACGGACUUCGUCAAGAAGCUUUUAGGGGAUGGGCUUGCGACCACUAACAACGAAGAAAAAUGGGCAAAACAGCGUAAACUUGCUAAUCAUGCUUUCCAUGGGGAAAGCUUGAAGAAUAUGGUUCCCAUGAUGGUGGACACCAUUCAUGUGAUGCUAGCGAGGUGGAAGCAUCAAGAAGGGAAAGAGAUUGACGUGUUUGAAGAUUUUAAGUUAUUAACAUGCGAAGUGAUUUCAAAAACGGCAUUUGGAAGCAGCUACAUAGAAGGCAGGAAUAUUUUCCAGAUGUUGACAAGAUUGGGUGUGUUAUUAACCAAAAAUCUUCAUCAUGUAAGGUUCCCAGGAUUAAGGGGAAUCUCUCUUGGAAUACUUCUCAGUAAGUUUUGGAAGACGGCAGAUGAAAUCGAAGCGGAGAAGCUCCAGAAAGGAAUAUACGACGCUAUAUUGGGGAUAGUCAAGAAAAGGGAAGAGAAGGUGAAGACCGGUGAGGCAGCUGACGUCGGGAAUGAUUUCCUAGGACAGCUUGUGAAGGCUUCUCGUGGCAUGGACAAUAGCAAGAAAAUCACGAUUGAUGAUCUAGUGGAUGAAUGCAAGACAUUCUACCUUGCCGGACAAGAAACCACCAAUGCAUUGAUGACAUGGGUUGUGUUCCUCCUAGCGGCGCACCCUAAUUGGCAAGAGAAAGCAAGAAAGGAGGUUCUCCAUGUGUUUGGAAACAAUGAUCCCGACUCUGAUGGUAUUGCAAAAUUAAAGACGAUGAGCAUGAUUAUUAAUGAAACUCUGCGAUUAUACCCUCCCGUCAUUGGGAUGUCGAGGCAAGUUGAGCAACAACUUAGGUUGGGAAAACUUCUUCUUCCCACCAAUAUUCACAUCAUAAUAGGAAAUCUCAAGCUUCACCAUGACCCCAAAAUCUGGGGAGAAGACGUGCUUCUCUUCAAACCAGAGCGAUUCGCAGAAGGCAUUGCUAGAGCCACCAACAACAACCCAGUCGUGUUCAUUCCCUUCAGUUUUGGUCCCCGAAUCUGUGCAGGUAUGAACUUCGCAACACAUGAGGUGAAGAUCAUCCUUUCGAUGAUUCUGCAACGCUAUGCUUUCAAAUUGUCCCCUGCUUAUGUCCACUGUCCAGUUCAAGUCCUCACAAUUGGCCCGAAGCAUGGACUUCAAGUCAUAUUUCAACCACUGUAGCUUGGUUCACCAGCAUAUGAAUAAUGUCUAAGUCUGUAAAAUGUUGUCCAUUGAUGCCUUCAUACUUCAAUGUCCAGUGUUGUGCUUCUAGGAUUUGUCAAACAGUAAAAGGGGCCAGGGGGAUGCCGAUGAUCAGCAUAUCAUCGUUCUUAAUCAGCAUAAAAAUAUUGGGGUUUGGUGCAUCCUUCAUUUACCGUGUAGUACGCUAUAUAUGCACAGAGAUGAGUGCCAACAUAUAUUUGCUAGUAUAUAGAAUUUGUUGGGCUCCAUCCCGACCUGUGAAAAUGUCAGAGACGAGGACAAGAAAAAUGGAAGCAGGUGCGCGACAAGAAAUUGAUCGGUUGA